UAUCAUUCGAAGAUUAUCGCUGAAUCAUGAAGAGCUUAUAAAAACUCGAUUGAUUUUUUAAGCUACUUACACUGAUGGGAUGAAAUGCAUGGGAAGACUUCAGAUAAGCUGACGUCACAAGUCUUGAAGAAGAAAGAGAUGCGAUGUAGAAACGAUUGUUCUAUGACAAUGCCACAUUCACGCAAGCGGUCUUGUAGAAAUAUUUCCAUGCAUGUAUAAAUGGAGGUGUUGAUGUAAAUUGGAUUAAAAAAGAAAUUUGAGAAGGAAAGCAGUUUAUCUGCGCACAGGCGACUAAACAGUGCUGUCCAGCGUCGGAUCGUAUAUAAGCACCAACUUAACUGAAGAACAAUUUUUUUCAGAGUAUGAAUCCGUACAUAGGAGGAAACUAUUAAUAACAACAGUGCUGCUGCAAUGGGCUCAAUUUCUGAUGAUGUAAUGAUGUUGAAAAGCCCGUGCUGAAAGUUUUAAGCAUUCUAGUUAGAAGAGGUGGCAUACAAUUAUUUAACGAUUCCAUAUCGUUGAAUCCAGAAGAUGGCCGAACCUCCUCCGAAUGACGACGCGCCACCCGAAAUGGGUAAAAGGGCUGGAAACGAUUCUCGGGUCGCUCAGGGCUCCCGACUUGACAAUGAAACUUCAGGGAACAACAGAGGGGAAAAGAACUCUGAGUCUUCUGACUCGACUCACUUCAUUAUCAGGCUGUGUAAAGAUUACAAAAUUAGCAUCAACAAACCUUUAAUUCCUUUGAAACUCGCCCUCUUUACCUAUUAUGGAGCUGGGUCUUUCAUGCCGUCUUUCAUCACCGUCCUCUACAAGCAACGAGGAGUUUCUCUUGCUGAACUCUCCACCUUCACUAUUAUUGCACCAAUAUUCCAAUUCAUCGGAAGCGCACUGUCUGGAAUCGUGGCUGAUAAAAUUGGAAGAUCAAAACCAGUGUUGGUUACCAACCUUCUGUUGGUGACACUCACAGUACUGUGUAUUCUGCUAUCACCCAAAAUGGACCGCACAAACUGUACAGCACCUAAAAUAAACUUAUUUUGCAAUGCUCAACAAACUGUUGCUCAAACUGAAUACAAUUUGCAGGAAAGUAGAAUUGAUGUGAGAGACUGUAAAGCAAAAUGUUCUAGAAAUGAUUCUCUAACUUGCAAUGACACAGAUUCUGUUUGUAGAAUUUUUGAUGGGAGGGAUUUAAGUAAUAUAUCACUCGCCAUUUAUAUCGAUAAGUCUCAUAAUAACAACAGGACAGAAGGUAACUUCGUAUAUAAUGUCAGUGCUUUAGAAUUUCAGAAUGUAAAUACCUCCUGGUGCUACUCAGAUCAAACAAAAAAUUGCUCAACGUCCUGUGAAAUAAAUUCAAAUAUUAUGCAAUGUCGGCAAGAAAAUACAAAUUACUUAUUAUUUGUUUAUGGUGGCCUUUUCAUUUUAUUUUUGACCACUUACUCUAAUACUUACCGUUGCAUGGAUGUAACCGCCAUGUUUUUGGCAAAGGAACACAACUCAGAUUUUGGUCGUGAACGAUUCUUUGCUAUUUCUGGCAACUUGCUUAUAUCUCCUCUCGCUGGCUAUAUUGCAGAAGUAACAUCGCCAGUAGUUGGCGAAAAAAAUUACGCAGGAGCAUUGUAUCUUUUUAUAGGUAUGACAUGCUUUUUGUUCCUUGUCAUUUAUAAACUCCCAGUGCGGGUUGUUUCCCCUGGUGAACAGAUGUGGAAGAAAACCUUAAUUUUGCUCAAGAACAUCGACGUUGUAGUAUUUUUUAUUGUGAUUUUUAUCCUGGGCACGUCGUGGAAUUUCACCAAAUAUUUUCUCUUCUGGUAUCUCGAAGACAUGCAGGCACCCAGUUUGCUCAUCGGUUUGAUCACAUCUGUAAGUGCUCUGUAUGGGCUGCCGUUUCUGUUGACUUCCAAAUGGUGGGUGAAGAAGAUAGGUCCGAAAGGAAUCAUAAUUUUGGCAUUUGUGGCAUAUAUCGUCAAUUCCACUGGAUAUUCAUUUCUAAGAAAUCCCUGGCUCGCUUUGGUCCUUGAAGCAACUGGAAUAUUAAACUACUAUCUUCUUUGGGUGGCUGUUGUUGUUUAUAGCCAUGAUAUUGCUCCAGAAGGAUUAACAUCUACCAUUAUAACGAUUUCAGGAGCGAUACAUUACAGCAUAGGCAAGGCCUCUUCCGGUUUGACUGGUGGCUUGAUCAUGAAUGCAUUUGGUGGUAGGGUGGCCUUCCGUUUCAAUGCCUUGCUCUGCCUGGCGUGUGUCGUGCUCUAUGGCUUCUACAUCUUUUUCAGAAAUCGGUACACGAGCAUGAAGCACAAGAUAGAUCCAUCGCCUCAGAAUAUGAAAGUUUUUCACAUCGAAAAGGCCGAAAAUGGACUCAAAACAAAUAAAAAGAAUCAAAACCAGCCGUAGAUAUAAUGGAAGAAUGGAAUGUUGUAGCCUUCAUGAAGCCUCGAAACAAUUUCCAUCUCCUGAUUGUUCAUCGCGAUACUAUAAAAAGC